CCUCGCUUGUUUCCAUUGUCUCGCCUGUGAUUGGGCGAGCUUGGACGUCCUUCCAAACCGAUCGGCACGAGCAGAUGGGAGUAAAGGAAUAGGCUAAAAGGGGCAGGAGAGGCUCUAACAAUCAAACCCUGUUGGUUGCGAGACUGUAACCGAAGCCGACACAAACUGGAAGGGCUCAGCGCAGCGUGGGUGCCCAGGGAUCCACUGCCUGAGUGUGGGGAGAGCAGAGGCCAAGACUCUAGAGACAUGAACCACACCAAGGGUGGCCUGGUUAUCUUCACCGCCAACUCGCACCCUGCGAGUCGCGAAUUGGGCAAGAGGAUUGCAGAGCGAUUAGGGGUGGAGCUUGGCAAAGUACAGGUUUACCAGGAAGCCAACAGAGAAACACGGGUACAGAUCCAAGAGUCCGUACGAGGGAAGGAUGUCUUUGUGAUUCAGACAGUGUCCAAAGAUGUGAACACGACCAUCAUGGAGAUGCUGAUCAUGGUGUAUGCAUGCAGGACAUCUUGUGCAAGAAGCAUCACAGGUGUCCUCCCGUACUUCCCUUACAGCAAGCAGUGUAAGAUGAGAAAGAGGGGCUCCAUCGUCUCCAAGCUUAUUGCUUCCAUGAUGUGUAAAGCAGGUCUCACACACCUAAUCACUAUGGACCUCCAUCAGAAGGAGAUUCAAGGUUUUUUCAACAUCCCAGUUGACAACCUGAGAGCGUCGCCCUUCUUGCUGCAGUACAUCCAAGAAGAGAUCCCUGACUACAGGAAUGCUGUGAUUGUGGCCAAAUCCCCUUCAUCUGCUAAAAGGGCCCAGUCAUUUGCUGAACGCCUGCGUCUUGGUAUCGCAGUGAUCCACGGUGAAGCUCAGGAUGCGGAGUCCGACCAGGUCGAUGGACGACACUCCCCACCCACUGUCAAGACCACUGGAGCCAUCCACCCCAGCAUGGAGAUACCAUUGUUGAUCCCGAAGGAGAAGCCUCCCAUCACUGUGGUAGGAGACGUAGGAGGCCGCAUCGCUAUCAUUGUGGAUGACAUCAUCGAUGAUGUUGACAGCUUUGUGGCAGCCGCUGAGACGCUGAAGGAAAGAGGAGCCUACAAGAUCUACAUCAUGGCAACACACGGUAUCCUCUCCUGUGAUGCCCCCAGGUUCAUAGAGGAGUCCUCCAUCGACGAGGUGGUGGUGACCAACACGAUCCCUCAUGAGCUGCAGAAGCUCCAGUGUCCAAAGAUCAAAACAGUGGACAUCAGCAUGAUCUUGUCGGAGGCCAUCCGGCGCAUUCACAACGGGGAGUCCAUGUCCUAUCUUUUCCGCAACAUUGGAGUGGACGACUGAAAAUGUUUUACACACACACAUGCACACUGUUACAUGCCAUUUGCCUUGUCAGACCUCAAAGCGUGCACUGGACACACACACCACACACACACACACACACACACACACUGAUGUAGAAGCAACUUUGUUGUUCUUAUAGACGACUGAAUACACACUGAUUUAUGUGCUUAUUGCACUUCUCUGUCCUCAUGUUUCAUAUUUCUUUAGUUUCCUUUAUAUGUCAUCUUUUGUGUUUGUAGUGUAAUACGAAGGAUUGUUUUAUGUUAGUGACAAAUUUUAAUGUUUAUUCAUUAAUAAUCAGCAGGCAGCCACACUUUCAACACAUCUUCAGCGUUUGAGGGAUUGUAGCUAUGUCAAAAGCUAAACAGAAAAACCUUUUUUAGAGAGCCACUCCGAGGUGCUUGAGGUAGCCGGGUUCAGAGGUCAUACUGUAUUUGUAUUCUCCAUUUUUGUCAGCACUCAAUCUUCUUGCUGCUAAUUGGUUAUCAUUUUGUUACACAUUGCCAUCUUUGCCAGUUUUCUAUCUAAUGUUGAUGGUUUAUGUCAGGGUCGUUGUUAGCAAUGAAUGUCGAGGUAAGAUUGUACCGCAAGCGUGCCAGUGCCUUUUGGACAGGACACUCGCAACAUCAUCAACACACCUUCACCGGCUAGUCCAUGUCAUUCAGGAAGGAUCUAAUAAUAAAUCAGGUUAUUUGACUUUUUCAUUAUGAUUUGACAAGGAUCCUGCUGCUUUUACAUUUAAAUUGUGGAAAAUGGAUAGGCUACUGAGAGGAGGGAGUCCUUGGCGCUAGUGUUUGUUUGUUGUUGCCAUAAUUACAGCUGGUGUCAAACCUGUUACGUGCUAUAGUUGAACUGGAAUUAACACAUGUAGUCUUUUGAUAACCUGAGUGUGUGCCAUUAUCCUCGUGGUUUUUUGUUGUUUUUUUUAACAAUACCACCAAGGUGGUCAAAGUUCUGGGGAGAUGUUGAUUCCUGUCAAAAGGCCACCUAAGUAAAUAUUUGUGAAGUGAGUCUGAUAAUAGAUUUGGAAUGUGCAUCAUCACCAUCAUCAAGGUAUUAGAAUAUUGUCAUUCAUCCAUGUCAUUGUAUUCUCAGGGCAAUUUAGUGAGUCAAUCACCUACCGCACAGUUCAGGGUGUAAGACAUUUCACCUCUGAUGGAAACGUCUUCCAAGACAACCUGAAAAGUCCCUGAGAAUCAUCAUCAGAACAUUUGGAGAUUGUAUGACUAAGAUUCCCAAAUGCAUUCUAACGGAGUUUCAUUGAAGAAAUACAAAGCUUUGUUUUUUUUUUUUGUUUUUUUUUUUUGUUCUUGUAAACAAAUUGACUGAAGCAGGUCUUUGUCACUUGGCCACAAGCUCCAAAAUGUUUUCUAUUUAUUUUCAGCACCAACUAUGAAUAAACAAAAAGACUACAUUGUU